UUUACGCUUAUAUCAAUAUAAGUUAACAUAAUUAAACAAGCAAUAUGGGUAAUACCGAAAGUAAUGUCGCUAGUGCCGUAAAAAAGCAAGCAGGAACAUCCGAGCAGAAACUUUAUAAGCUUCUUGAUUUAAAAGGUCAAGGUCUCCUGGUGGACAUGAUGAAGCGCGCUGUCCAGAACAAGCAAUAUGCAGAAAUAGAUCACGCCAUCAAGACGAAGGUGGAGCCGUUCCUUUACAACAAGGGCAACGGCAGGUACAUACCCAUAUCACACAUGGUGCUGCUCAGGAAUAAGGAGAGGCCGAGACAUAAACUGUUGCCACCAUUGCGAGGCAUGGAAAAUCCUGAUGAAGAAUUUGAUGUAGACAAAGACUGGCCCGAAGUCACACAAGCGGAGUAUGAUGCCAACCCAUCCGCUUACCGUGAGCUGUGUUGGAAUCUAAAGGAGCUCGGUGCAGUAGGAGAGACGAUACUUCACCUAUGUCUGCUGAACGUCACCUCUUUGAUGGCAGAUUUAGCGAAGAGGCUGCUAAGGUUCUACCCAAAACUGAUCAACGAUAUCUACGUUAGCGACGAGUAUUACGGAGAGAAUGUUCUCCACAUGGCUAUUGUCAACGAAGACCCCACGAUGGUGAAGUUCCUCCUAGAAGCUGGUGCGAACUACCACGAGCGGUGUGUGGGCUCCUUCAUGAGUCCGGAAGAUCAGAAGGCGUCGAGACAGGAUUCGCAGGAUCACGAAUGGGUCAACGUCACGCCCAUCACUAAUUAUGAGGGGUACGUAUACUGGGGCGAGUACCCGCUGAGUUUCGCGGCGUGCCUGGGCCAAGAGGAGUGCUACAGGCUAAUCCUAGCUCGCGGGGCAGACCCCAACAAACAGGACACCAACGGCAACACCGUCAUGCACAUGCUCGUUAUUUAUUCUAAAAUGAGCACCUUCGACAUGGCGUACGAAGUGGGCGCGUCGCUGAACAUCCGCAACGUGCAGAACCUAACACCUUUGACCUUGGCUGCCAAGUUGGCUCGGACGGAGCUGUUCUUCCACAUCCUCAAUAUCGAGCGCGAGAUCUACUGGCAGAUCGGGGCCACCACCUGCGCAGCGUACCCUUUGGGGCAGGUCGACACGAUUGAUACAGAGACUGGAUUGAUUAGCAAGGAUUCGGCGCUCAAUCUUGUUGUUUUCGGGGAAAAGGAUGAGCACUUGGAACUGUUAGAAGGCAUGUUGAUUGACCUGCUGAAGACUAAAUGGAACACGUUUGUCAAGUUUCGUUUCUACAGACAGUUCAUCUUGUUCUCUUGCUACUUCUUAGUAUCCCUGGUCUGCUUCACCUUGAGGCCGGGGCCCCCUGAUAGGGCACUCAACUCUACUGCCAUAAACACUACCAAUAUACCAAGUGUCAAUGAUACAGAGUUGGUUAGUGAUGUUGAAAACUGUACAAUAGGAAUAAAUUUGGCGGAAUUAGAUCCCGGAGCUGUAGAGAUGAUAAAUGCAACAAAAGCAGAUGGACCACAAUGUGCAAGAUUUAAGAGCCAUUCUAAAGAUAAAGACAAGCCCCGUAAAGAAACUAAUAUGGAAGGAUGGUGGGAAGGUCUCACUGAAGAAUGCAGAUUGAUGAACUUUGACAAUUUGCAGGCGAAAGUAAGAAUAGGAACGGAGCUGGUGUUGUGGGUUGGCGCUCUUUCAUACAUCGGGGCUGCGUUGCGAGAGGCAAGGUUCCUCGGGCUCAAGAUGUUCUUUGAAAAUUUGAGUACGGUGCCUUCGAGGGUUAUGUUCCUAUUCUCCUGUCUGCUGAUGAUAUUCCUGCCGACCCUACGCUUCUGGUGCGCUGACGAGGCGGAGGACCAUCUCGCUGUCAUCAUAAUGCUCACUACAGCACCCUAUUUUCUGUUCUUUUGUCGCGGUUUCAAAACUGUGGGACCUUUCGUAGUGAUGAUUUAUCGUAUGGUGAUGGGAGAUCUGCUUCGAUUCGUCUGUAUUUACCUGGUGUUUGUGAUGGGAUUUUCACAAGCGUAUUAUGUAAUAUUCUUGUCAUUUGACAACCCAAAUACGCCGGACGGGGUGGACGACUCUGUGUCAAACCCCAUGCCCUCGCCGAUGGAGAGCAUCAUGGCCAUGUUCCUCAUGUCUCUCACCUCCUUCUCCGACUACUACGGGGCGUUCGACCGCACCGACCACGAGAUUGAGGCUAAGCUCCUGUUCGUCAUCUACAUGAUAAUAGUAGCUGUCCUUCUAGUAAACAUGUUGAUUGCUAUGAUGGGAAACACGUACCAGAAGAUAGCGGAGACAAGGAACGAAUGGCAGAGGCAAUGGGCGAGGAUAGUGUUGGUGGUUGAACGAGGGGUGCCGCCAGCGCAGAGGCUGAAGCAACUGAUGACCUAUAGUCAGCCCAUGGCUAGUGGCAAGAGGGCGCUGGUGCUCAGGAUUAAUCAGAAGAGUGAAGACAAAGAAGAAAUGAAAGAAAUUUUGGAGAUGAAAAGAACUCACGAGCGAAUUGUUGCUAAGAGGUUGAUGAAAAAUGCUCCGUUGAAGGAAAGACAAGUUCCACCGCAUAUUAUUAUUAAGAAGUAGAACAUAAGUAAUGAAAAUGAACCAGUAGAAAUUAGAGCCAGAAAUAAAAAAAAAGUAUAAAUAAUAUUAAUUAAUUUAUGUUUGAAGAAAAAUGAUAAAUUGUGUAGUCUAAAUAUAAAAUUACAGCCAGGAACACAUAAAAAUGGAAUAGGUAAAUUUAUGUUUAGGUAAAAAAAGUUUGAAAAUUUGUAGAUUUUAAUUUAUUCUUUAAAUAAGUUGGAACUGUUGUAUUUCCUUACAUCAUAUUCAGGUCAAACAAAUUAUUAUCUAAUAAAAUAAUGUAUCUUAUUUCAAUGUGUUAACGUGUGAUAGAUAAGCGAAGGUGCAAAUUAUGAGCGGGUUCUGAGCGCGACCAUCGGUUUUCACUGUUACCUCAUUGUUUGGCCACAACCUCAAUCUGGGCUACCAAAGUUUAGUCAACUAGUGUUUACUAUGCAAAUACAUGGAACAUUUCAUCUUUUUCAUAACACGAGUAAUUGACAAAUCCGCUUAGUAAACAUUUUUAUCCCACUGUGACAGUUUUUGAGGGUCAUUACUGCGAAUGUUUGCAUUUCUAUUUCGAUGAUUUCUGCAAAUUACUCUUGGAUAAAUAAUUGAUUUAGAAUGCUUGUUCUUGUCGUCAAUCGUCUAAUUGUGAUAUUAAGCAAUCGCAUCGCUAAUUGUUGUGACAUUGACUGUUAUGAAUGCGAUGGAUGCUUUUUUAAAUAAAAAUAAAAAGUCCAAGACGAAAUAGUAACUCAUAAAUUAUGUUUUAACUUUCACAUUAAAUAACGCUUAAAAUAUAAGUGUACGUACUUACACAAUGGGUGAGCACAACGAUGGUUACAUUUUCCUUCAAAGCAUAAUGAAAGACAAACAGAAUAUUCGCUCUGCCUUUUGCCUGUACUAAUGGUUGUAGUGUUUCUAAAUUAGUCGAAAGCUCCGAUCCAUAAUGAGCGAACUUGUCUCAAAUGACGUUGCCGCAAUAUUUUGUUGUGUGUAUACUAUUGAUUUGAAAAGUUGCGAAGUGAGCGUAUGUAACGCAUAUUUAGGAAAACAACUGGUUGCCUAAUUUUCCACCUUAUCAUGGCCACGUUGGCUCAUCCAUGGUAAAUUGGCGACCCUUUAGUUAUUUUAACCAAUUAACAGGCUUCUGAAUAUUUCUCUCGAUUUGUUGCUGCAGAGACUAUUGUGGCGAUGGUUGUUACAAAAUUAGAUAUAAAUUAUAUAUUUCAGACAGAGUCCAUAUGAUGUUAGUAACAAUAUUAACUUACACUAGUGUUAGUAAAAACAAACAAAAAUAUAUUACACAGCAUGAAGCCGCAACCAUCGCUGAACCAAAGGAGUAUCCCAUAGGUCAACAAAUACUUUCAGGUCAUAUCACGACUUAAAAUAUCGAAAAGUAUAUCUAAUUUAACUUAAAAUUGUGAAAGCAUAAGAUUAUGUUACAAAAAAUAUUUGUAUGACCUAGGCGUAUUAAAAUGAGACCGAAACGAAUUUAAAAAUUGUUUGAUAUUAGGAGAUAAUUGAUGAAUCAUAAAGAAAUUCCUAUUACUAUCAAACGUGUAAAGCACAGAUGCCGUCUGAAACUGUUCGGACACACUUAAAAUAAUCGUCAAAAAAUAAACAUUUUGUGCAACUUCGCUAGUCGACGUCAAUGUUUGCCAUAUGUUUGUAGUGGUGGAGGGUAUAAAUCUAUGAGUGUCCCAUUACUGUCAUCACACGACGCUGCACGAGCCAUCAUGAGGAGUGCGGUAGUGUUAUUGUCGUUGGUAGCUGCAGUAGCGGCGGAGGCACCAUACCACCUGCCCCGACCGGCCCCUCACAGCCACAGCCACGGCUACCACUACCCACACCCACCACCACCGCCACCACCAGCACCAAGACCACCGCC